AUGGCCGUCGAGCCACCCACGCUCCUCUACUCGCACGGCUUCUCCCAGGACGACAUCGCCGUCAUCGACCCCUCCGAGUGGCACCACUACCAGCCCGGCUGGACCCUCGUCGGAGGCGGCCUCAAGAACAAGGAGGACCUCCGCCGACCGCUCAAGAGCCUCCUCGACCCCAAGCUCAAGCACUACGCCGCAAACGUGCAGGGCUUCUCGCCCGACGACAACCUCGUCACCCUCGCCAACGGCGACCGCAUCAGCUACGACCAGCUCGUCGUCGUCCCGGGCAUCGGCAUCAACUUUGACGCCAUCAAGGGCCUGCCCGAGGCGCUCCAGGACCCCGACUCGCUCGUCUCGUCCAUCUACGGCUACGACACGUGCGACAAGGUGUUUGCCACCAUCGAACGCUUCAAGGGCGGCAACGCCAUCUUCACCCAGCCCGCCGGCGUCAUCAAGUGCGCCGGCGCACCCCAAAAGGCCAUGUGGCUCGCCCUCGACCACUGGAAAAGGGCCGGCCUGUACGACCCGGCAGACGCCUCCAAGUCGGCCAUCUCGAUCGACUUUGCCACGGGCCUGCCCGUCAUGUUUGGCGUGCCCAAGUACAGCGCCCGCCUCGAGGAGCUGCGCAAGGAGCGCGGCGUCAACGGCCUCUUCCAGCACGACCUCGUCGCCAUCGAGGACGGCAACACGGCCGUCUUUGCCCGGCCCGACGGCGCCGAGCCGCUGCGCCGGAAGUUUGACCUGAUGCACGUCACGCCCAAGAUGGGCCCGCUGGCGUUUGUCAAGGAGAGCCCGCUUGCCGACGGCGCCGGCUUCGUCGACGUCGACCAGGGCUCCACCCGCCACAAGCGGUACGACAACGUCUGGUCCAUCGGCGACGCCUCGAGCCUGCCCACGUCCAAGACGGCCGCCGCCAUCACCGCCGAGACGCCCGUCCUGGUGCGCAACCUGACCCAGACGCUCGCCGGCAAGGAGGCCGACGCCAGCUACGACGGCUACACGUCGUGCCCGCUGCUCACCGAGUACGGCAAGGUGAUGCUGGCCGAAUUCAAGUACGGCGGGCAGCCCAAGGAGACCUUUGGCAACCUCUUCGGCAUCGACCAGGCGACGCCGCGCCGCGCCUUCUACCACCUCAAGAAGGACUUCUUCCCCUGGGUCUACUACAAGUCGUACGUCAAGGGCGCCUGGGCGGGACCCAAGGGAUGGGGUGUGCCGCUCAAGCCGGGGUCGGUGGCCGGCACGGCAGGCCGCACCUUUUCCACGGCGGCGUCCCCCGGCGAGACGUUCAUCGUCCGACCUCCGCCGACUUCGGGCACCGUCGCGUCGACGACGCUGAUCCCGCAGCCGCUCCUCUCGGCGCCGACGCCGACGCCGGCGGCCGAGGCGGCGGACCGCGACGCCCUGGCCGCGCUGCCGCCGGCGCUCAAGCGCAACACGCGCAAGGGCGCCAAGAUGCUGACGUCGGAGCAGAUUGCCGAGGUGCAGCAGCUGCGCCAGCUGGACCCGAUCAACAACACGGCGGGCCGGCUGGCCAAGCGCUUUGGCUGCACGCCCCUCUUUAUCCAGAUCGUCGCGCCGGCGCCCAAGGUGGUCAAGGAGGGCAGGCUGGCCGACGCCAAGCUGCGCGAGCUCACCUGGGGCGCCAACAAGCGUCUGGCAAAGGCCGAGAGGGACGAGAGGCGGAAGCUGUGGUGA